UUUCGCAGUCAACAGAGCUUGUAGUUGCACCGAAGUAGCAGAUUUUUGCAGCCAUUCUGCCGGCUUUCACAAUGCGUUCGCGAAUCCUUUACCUAGGGCUACUGGCCAUCAGUGAUACUGUGGCUGCUGUCUCCAAUACUGCGAGUUUCACGGCUUUAGCACCUUUGACAACAACCCUGAACAUUACUGUAGAAGAUCUUUGGAACAUUUACAUAGGACCAGUCCAGACUGCAUCUAUCAACACCACUGUCGAGCCUACCCCAAUCCCAUCCGCUCAAUUAAUCCCACCUCCCCAGCUCUACUACCCAUCUUAUCUCCCAGGAGCCCAGAUCCCCGGCCUGGGCAAAAAUGAGAGCUGGUCCUUCCCCAAGGGAUUCUGGUGGGGUGUCUCAGGAGCCUCAUAUCAAGUCGAAGGGGCCGUCAAAGCAGAUGGCCGCGGCCCUAGUUUAUGGGAUGCAUUCACCCACCGAGCCAUGAGCGUCGCCGACAACCAAACCGGAGAUGUUACCAUCAACGAGUAUUACCUCUACAAACAAGACAUCCAACGCAUCGCGGCCAUGGGCGUCCAAGCCUACUCGUUCUCCAUCUCCUGGUCCCGAAUCUUCCCCUUCGGCAACGGCCCCAUCAACGAAGCCGGCCUCAAACACUACGACGACGUGAUCGACACCUGCCUGCAAUACGGCAUCCAACCCCAAGUAACAAUCUACCACUGGGACCUCCCACUCUAUCUCCAACUCUCCUACGGCGGCUGGACCAACGAAAAAAUCGUCGACGACUACGUCGCCUACGCCAAAGUCCUCCUCGAGCGAUGGGGCAACAAAGUCUCGCAAUGGUACACCUUCAACGAACCCAUCUCCUUCUGCGGCGAAUACCCCGUCCCCUCCAACCACUUCACCAUCACCACCACCAUCCCCUCCAUCCAACAACCCUACUGGUGCGGCCACUACAUGCUCCUCGCCGCCGCCAAAACCUACCACCUAGCCCGCUCCCUGAACAUCACCGCCCCAAUCAGCAUCAAAAAUAACGGCGGCUACAAACUCCCCCGCACCGCCUCCGAAGCAGACACCCAAGCCGUCCAACGCGCCUGGGCCUUCAACGAAGGCUGGUUCGCCAACCCUCUGUUCCUAGGCGACUACCCACCCCUCCUCAAGAGCUUCACCUCCACUUUCCUCCCGGAAUUCACCCCACAAGAACGAGACAUGAUCAAAGGCGCCAGCGAUUUCUUCGCCCACGACGCCUACACAGCCGCUUACUACAUGGCCCCCGAUACCGGGAUCGAAGGAUGUCUCUCCGACUCAACUAACUCCCUCUACCCGAAAUGCUACAACAGUUCCUACACAUUACCCGACUCCGAAGGUGGUUGGCUCAUCGGCCCAGCAUCAGACCCUAACACGCGCUGGCUUCAUAAAGCCACCGAAUGGCUCCCUGCCUUCCUCCACUACAUCCAGGAUACAUGGAAACCAGCGAACGGGAUCAUAAUCACCGAAUUCGGAAUGACCGAGCCAUUCGAGGCAUACAAGACCAAACGGGAGGAUAUACUAACCGACCCGCUCCGAUCUGCCUAUUACCAUGACUACGUCCAGGCCAUGUUAAUGGCCAUUGCGGAGGGGGUCAAACUUGUUGGAUGCUCGGCGUGGAGUAUUGCGGAUAAUUUGGAGUGGACGGCUGGGUUUACGGUUAAGUUUGGUCUGCAGUAUGUGAACUUAACGACCCAGGAAAGAUUUUACAAGGCUAGCUUUUUUGAAUUGGCCAGUUUGUUUAAGACAUAUAUGCAGGAUUAGGGAUUCUUGAUACUGCGGGGAUAAGAAGACUGGUGACUAGAUUGCAUUUUGAUGAUGAAGAAAUCGAGAGUACAAGGGGAGAGUACAUACUAUUGAGACUGUUGAGAAAAGGCACAACCCGUGAUUCUUUCACAUGACUCUCAAAGUGAUGGUUUCCUCUCGAGGAACGAGGUGUCCAUCAGAAACAUACUAGGGGGAUGUGUGUCUUCUCUCCAUACUUUGACCUCGUCACACAC